AUGUGUGGCUGCCAGGCACGAGGUGCUGGCUGCCCCCAAAACCCCAGGCCUCCAGGACAGCUGCCUGGGGCCCACCCAGGGGGACACACCGGGACAGCCCUCCCCUAUGGCUGCCCCUGCAGUGGCUGCCCGACCCACCUCUACCUCCACCAGCUGCACCCCAGUGACACCCAGGAACACAGGAAAGAAAGCCCUCCUGCCCCGAAGUCAUGCUGCUUGCCUCAGCCUUUGAUGCUGGAUUACCUGCACCUGCCCAGGCCUCCACCCCCUGAUCAGAUCAGACCUCGCUGCCCUCAGGGCACCAAAGGGAGCCAAGACAGAGCUCUGGAGCUGCCACCAACCUACUGUGACCUUGGCCAAGCUCCCCCCGGCCUUCGGCUCUCACAUCAAAAGGCCACACAACCAGAAACGAAGGAGCAGGUAAAAAAGGGGGAAGGAGGCUCCCACGGGAGCUUGGCCAUGGGCCAACCCAGGCCAGCGACAGAGGCUGCUUCCCACAGUGGUCACUACUCGAGCCAGGCCCCAGGUCCCCGCCCCUCAUGCCCGUGGGCCCCAGCCCUGCGGUGGCAGAAGCAGAGCCUCUGCCUGGCCCCCAGUGGGGAGCGCUACUGGGGACGGUGGAGCAGGGCUGCCUCCGCCACCAUGAUGCACACGGGCCAGUGGAGCAGGGCCCGGGCACAGCAGGGGCUGCACCGCAGGGGAGGGUCCCUCCAGACUAUUGCACUUCUGCAGCUGCCCUGGCCCUCCCGGGAGCCCCAGCCCAAGGUGCCCUGCGGCAGCCCGCGUGGGGCAGGGCCACCCUCAGGGAGGGGAGAGGGCUGGCCGCCCCCGCUGGACAGAUGA